GCAUGAAGGAGAGAGUAGUGAGUGUACUUGACCACACGCCGGCGCAAUUACAUUACGUAUCCUUAAUAGGAAAUUUCGCUUCCAAUUUUUCGACCAAAAUAAUAAAAAAAGAAAAAGAGUUGUGUUGUUGUGAAUUGCAUUGCAAUUUGCAAAUUGCAGAAGCAGAGAGAGCCACCACUACUCUCUACACUCUGUAACUCUCAAAUCUCUUUCUUCCAUCUGAAACCACUUUUCUCUCUCUCUCUCUCUCUCUCUAUUUGGUUCGGUUCUUCUGAUUCAGAGGGAGGAGCAGGAGAAGGAGCAAUGGACUCGCGCGCACAGUAUAAUCCUCGUACCGUCGAAGAGGUUUUUAGGGAUUUCAAGGGUCGACGAGCUGGUCUCAUCAAAGCCCUUACCAUCGAUGUUGAAGAUUUCUACAACCAAUGUGAUCCUGAGAAGGAGAAUUUGUGCUUGUAUGGCUUCCCCAGUGAGCAGUGGGAAGUAAAUUUACCUGCUGAAGAAGUACCGCCGGAGCUUCCUGAGCCUGUGCUGGGCAUUAACUUUGCUAGGGAUGGGAUGCAAGAAAAAGACUGGUUAUCUUUAGUUGCUGUUCAUAGUGAUGCAUGGUUACUUGCUAUUGCAUUCUAUUUUGGAGCCAGAUUUGGGUUUGAUAAAGCUGACAGGAAACGACUUUUCAAUAUGAUCAAUGAACUGCCAACAGUAUUUGAAGUUGUUACUGGUUCAGCAAAGAAACAAACUAAGGAGAAGUCUUCUGUUUCAAAUCACAGUGGUAGCAAGUCUAAGUCCAGCUCUAAGCGGGCUCCAGAAUCUCUGACUAGGCAGGCAAAGCCUCUGCAGUCAAAAGAUGAGGAUGAGGAACUGGAUGAGCCAGACGAUGAUGAACAUGGCGAGACCUUGUGUGGUGCAUGUGGUGAGCAUUAUGGCACUGAUGAAUUCUGGAUAUGCUGUGACAUUUGUGAGAAGUGGUUCCAUGGUAAAUGUGUGAAGAUCACCCCUGCUAGGGCAGAGCAUAUCAAGCAAUACAAGUGCCCAUCAUGCAGUAACAAGAGAGCUCGCCCCUGACAUCUCCAAAAUACCAUUAUUGAGAAUCUUAUAUUUGUUGCAGUCUUUGCUGAUCUUGUUAUUUUGCUUUUCUUCCUAGAUGUUGCAGUUAAUGGAUAGUUACUGUUUGAUACAGGUAGGUUUCUUUACUAGUCUGUAGGAUUCUGCUGUGUUUGUUUUGUUUGUGUCAGCUGCAAUUCAGUUGAUUCCUUCUUGGGUUUGAUCAAUCUGUAGUUUAUGCAUUGUUGACUUGGGAAAGUGAAGUCUUUUCCUUAAUGUUAUUCUAAAACUAGGUUAAUGAAACAAAUUAUUUGAAAUGAUGUCUAAUUAUGU